AUGCAAUCAGAUAAGUCAGUUGAUGAAAGCGACUCGGAUGAGUCGGUCGAAAUAAACGAUGAAUCAAAAAAUGCCCGAAAUUCUGUAUCCGACACCGAUUGGCUCAAGUUGAGAAUGAGGAGAAGGUUGGAUUGGGUGGAUGACGAGGAAGAGGAAGAGGAAUUUCUGUCCGAGGGUGAACACGGUAAUAUUGGAAGGCAGAACGAAGGGUUCAAGGGCAAUGAUCUUAAUAUUCAACAAAGCCACGAAAUCAAAGACGAAAUGGUACAAAAUAUUCCUCGUGAUGAUAAGGAUGCUGUGAACGAGGUCCCACCGGAAGAGUCUAUUGGUGACACCGGACGUUUGUUCGUUCGAAACUUACCUUAUGUGUGUACGGAAGAAGAUUUAAGGAAAGAAUUUAACAAGUUUGGACCACUGGCUGAGAGCGACGCCAUUGCCGAGUCGAUUGCACAUCGAUUUAAUGUUAAGAAAUCGGUCAUCCUGGACCCAGAAUCGGAUAAUUUGUCCGCCCGACUUGCCCUUGCAGAAACACAUAUUAUUCAAGAGACAAAAUCUUAUCUGGAACAUAACGGAGUCGUGUUGGAUUCUUUUAAAAGGAAAGAAAAGAGUGACAAUGUGAUUUUGGUGAAAAAUACCAAGUUCGGUAUCACAAAAGAAGAUUUGACCCAGUUGUUUGGAUGGUACGGUGAAAUUGGACGUAUAAUAAUCCCACCUGCCCAAACAAUCGCAAUUGUAGAAUUUAAAUUUCCGACAGAGGCAAGAAAUGCGUUCAAAAAUCUUGCGUAUAAAAAAUUUAGGGGAUUGCCUCUUUAUUUGGAAAAGGCACCCAUGGGAAUUUUUAAGGAUGAAAAUGAACAAAAUCCAGAAACAAAUGAAAAUAACGACUCACCCGCGCAGGGGCUUUCUUCCGCAGAUCUCGUUGAAUCUUCGCGGGAUAUGGACGACGAUGUUGAGGUAUCUUCACAGGUGACUGCUACUUUAUUCGUUAAAAACCUGAACUUUGAAACCGACGAGGAAGGACUGAAGAAGGCAUUCAGGAGCACUCCUGGCAUGAGAUCAGCAAGGAUUAAAAUGAAAAAUGACCCCAAAAAUUCUGGGAAAAAGUUGAGCAUGGGAUUUGGGUUUGUCGAGUAUGACAGUUUGAAGAACGCAAAGAAUUCCUUGAAGGCGAUGCAGGGUUUCGUGCUGGACGGUCAUGCCUUGCAACUAAAGUUUUCAAAUAAAGGUCUAGAUCAAGUACAAAGGAAACGAAAAGAGGAUGAGGAAGCAAAGAAGAAACAAGAAUCUACUAAGAUUAUUGUUAAGAACUUGGCCUUUGAGACGACCAAAAAAGAAUUGAAAGAAUUGUUCAGUGCGUAUGGUCAAAUAAAAACCCUUAGACUACCCAAAAAAUUUGAUGGCACUUCUCGUGGCUUUGGAUUCGUAGAAUUUCUCACAAAAAGAGAUGCUCGAAACGUAAUGGAAAAAUUAAGUGAUACACAUUUAUUAGGUAGACAUCUUGUUCUUGAGUAUGCCGAAGAGGACAAGGACAUCGAAGAAUUAAGAGAGAAAGUUGGAAGAGAGUUCAUUGGGAAUGUCGAAGGUGGUGACGGAAAGAUGAGGAAGAGACGAAAGGUGGAUAUGGAAGAUUGGGCAGAAUCCAAGAAUGAAAUGGAAGAAUGA